CACGAGGCUGUAACGUAAGAAACCAUAUUUGUGAUAGCUGGGUGGCCCAAACAAACAACCGCGCGAAAGCGACAGUCGCUUCUUUAACUUUGCGGCAGGAGAAUGCUGCAAUCACUAAAAUUGUGUCACAGCGCUGUGUCUAAGAGCUCAUUACCAUGUCGCGCCACCCGCGCGCCGCCGGUGAUACUCGGCAAGCCAUGCAAGUUCGUGGCAUCCUCCGUCCCGCGGCCGUCGGGGGCCCGCCGCUGCGCCGCAGCCAGCUCAUCCACGCCUGAAGUCGGCGAGCUGAGCGCAGCUAGCGACGCGGACGACCUCGACGCCCCGUCGACCAGCGGCCGCAACUCACCGUCAGCGGGGCCCAACAAUGACAUCGUGGUAAUUUUGGUUGAGCCCAAGCGCGGUGAGAACAUAGGCGCUGCGGCUCGCGGCAUGAAGAAUUUUGGGCUGCGAGAGCUGCGACUGGUGCGGCCAGCGGGCGGGGAGUGGCCCAACGAGAAGGCCCGGGCGGUGGCAGCUCGGGCGGUGGACUUGAUUGACGCCGCCAAGGUGUACGACGACCUUGAUGCGGCGCUGGCGGACCUGCAGUACGUGUACGCGGCGUCGGGGCGCCCGCGAGCCCAGGACAAGCUGGCAAAGGACGUGGUGCUACUGCGUCAGGUUCAGGACGCGCUGCCUCCCGCCGGCACGCGCAUCGGCGUCAUGUUUGGUCGCGAGGACAACGGGUUGUACAACGACGAGCUGGUUCGCGCCAAUGCCAUCCUCACCAUCGACACCGACCCCAACUUCUACAGCCUCAACCUGGGGCAGGCAGUGCUCAUCACGUGCUAUGAGCUGUUCCGGGCGCCGCGGAGGCCCGGGCUGGGAGCUAAGCGUGACCCUGCCUCACGUCGCGAGGUGGAGGGCAUGCUGGGGCGGCUGUUCGCCGCGCUGGAGGCCCGCGCCUUCUUCACGCAGUACAACCGGGACGUGCUGCAGUUCGCCAUCCGCGGCUUCUUUGACCGCGUCAGCACCCUCAGUCGGCAGGACGUGGCGGCGGUGCGGCAGGUGCUCAAGGCGCUUCAGCGCACGCCAUCGUCGGGCAGCAGCAGCGGCAGCGGCAGCGGCAGCAGCAGCAGCAGCGGCAGCAGCAGCAGCAGCAGCAGCAGCAGCAGCAGCAGCGGCAGCGGGGAAGCUGGCAGCAAGUCGCCGCCCUCGUCGGACUCCGAGAAGCAGCGGUGACAUCGAUGGGGCUGAUGGCGAAAGGCAGUGUUAUAUGGAGCUGAGGGAGUGAGGGGUGCCUGACAUGACGGUAUUGAAGUUCCCUUGGUGAAUUGAAUCCGAAGUAUGGUUGAUCUCAGUAUUCGUGCGAGGCAGUGAGGCACAACUGCUGUGAAGGGGCGCAGGUCGUAUCUCGUGAGGCUAGGGUGGUACGACGGCGUGAUGCGGUGAUUGCAGUCGCUGGCCCCGUAAGCAAGCUGUGAGACAAUCUGACAUGACACAGCCGCAUUUAUCCGAGUACG